CCAGUCUAUGGCCUCUCAGAAUGCUCGGAAGGUUGGAAUCACCACGGCGAUGGCCUGCAGCACCCUUGGCAAUGAGGACCUGAAGAGUCAUGUGUACAAGAAGACUCUACAGGCUCUGAUCUACCCCAUCUCCUGCACCACGCCCCAUAACUUUGAGGUGUGGACGGCCACCACACCCACCUACUGCUACGAAUGUGAGGGGCUGCUGUGGGGCAUCGCCCGCCAGGGUAUGAGGUGCUCUGAGUGCGGGGUCAAAUGUCACGACAAGUGCCAGGACCUUCUCAAUGCCGACUGCCUGCAGAGGGCAGCGGAGAAGAGUUCUAAGCAUGGAGCAGAGGACCGAACCCAGAACAUCAUCAUGGUUUUUUUAAAGGACAGGAUGAAGAUCCGAGAGAGGAACAAACCAGAAAUCUUCGAGCUCAUCCAGGAAGUGUUUAGUGUCACUGCACGCACGGCACUCAGAUGA